AGAUCAAAGAAUUAAAGGACUCCUUCAGCUCUCAAUCCCUCUUUCCUUUCAGUUCCAAGUGUCCUUGGGUCGCCAGAACAUCCCUCCUCCUGAUGCUGCACACCUCUGAUUGGCCACCCUCAGCAGAGGUCAGAGGAGCCAUGAGGAACCACACCGCUGUCACCGAGUUUGUCCUGCUGGGACUCUCAGAUGCCUGUGAGUUGCAGAUGCUCAUCUUCCUGGGGCUGCUCCUGACCUACCUCCUCACUCUGCUGGGGAAUCUCCUCAUCGUGGGCAUCACCCUCGUGGACAGGCGCCUCCACACCCCCAUGUACUACUUCCUCCGCAACUUUGCUGUCCUGGAGAUCUGGUUCACCUCGGUCAUCUUUCCCAAGAUGCUGACCAACAUCCUGACUGGAUACAAGACCAUCUCUCUCCCAGGCUGCUUCCUCCAGUUUUUCCUCUAUUUCUCCCUGGGCACCACAGAGUUCUUCCUGCUGGCAGUGAUGUCCUUUGACAGGUAUGUGGCCAUAUGUAACCCCUUGCGUUAUGCAACCAUCAUGAGCAGAAGGGUCUGUAUACAGCUGGUUCUUUGUUCAUGGAUGGCAGGAUUCCUUCUCAUUGUCUUUCCAAGUUCCAUCACUUUUCAGCAGCCAUUUUGUGGCCCCAAUGUCAUUAACCAUUUCUUUUGUGACAACUUUCCACUCCUGGAACUCAUAUGUGCAGACACGAGUCUGAUAGAGCUUCUGUGUUUUAUUGCGGCCAACUUCAGUUUGCUGGGCACUCUGUCCGUGACGGCCACCUGUUAUGGCCACAUCCUCCACACCAUCCUGCGCAUCCCCUCGGCCAAGGAGAGACAGAAAGCCUUCUCAACCUGCUCCUCCCACAUCAUUGUUGUGUCUCUCUUCUAUGGCAGCUGUAUCUUCAUGUACAUCCAGUCAGGCAAGGGAAAUGAAGGGGAGGACAGGAACAAGGUGGUGGCCUUGCUCAACACCGUGGUGACCCCGAUGCUCAAUCCCUUCAUCUACACCCUCAGGAAUAAACAAGUGAAGCAGGUGUUUAGCAAGCAAUUAAGCAAGCUCCUCUCAUAAAGAUAAGCUGGGCCUGAAUGGGGAAAAUUUGUCCCUUGCCUGAACCUCUACAAAUGCAGUUCUGUCAUGAUCUCCAUGAACUGUCUCCUUCCUGGCAAUUUUUAACAUGUGCUUUAAUCUACAGUGGUUUCUUACAUAUA